AUGAGGCUCAUCAUCAGGCCUGAUAGCGCAUCAGCAUCUGCCCAUGUUGCACACUACAUCCUCGAUCGCAUCAGAACCUUCGAGCCAACGCCAGAGAAGCCAUUCGUUCUCGGUCUGCCUACGGGCAGCAGUCCGAUCCAGAUCUAUGAGAUCCUAGUUGCAGAGCACAAGGCCGGCCGUAUUUCCUUUCAAGAUGUCAUAACAUUCAACAUGGACGAGUACGUCGGCCUGCCACAGACGCAUCCCGAGUCAUACCACAGCUUCAUGUUCCGCCACUUCUUCUCACAUGUCGACAUCAAGCCCGAAAAUGUCCACAUUCUCGACGGCAACGCGCCUGACUUGGAUGGCGAGUGCGCCUCCUAUGAAGAAAAGAUCAGAGCUGCCGGCGGCAUUGACCUCUUCCUCGGUGGUGUCGGUCCAGACGGCCACAUCGCUUUCAAUGAGCCUGGAUCAAGUCUGGCGUCUCGGACGAGGGUGAAGACCUUGGCGAUGGAUACUAUUAGGGCGAAUGCUCGAUUCUUUGGCGGCGAUUUGAACAAGGUCCCGCAGAUGGCUUUGACUGUUGGUGUCCAGACAGUAAUGGAGGCCAGAGAGGUGGUCAUCAUUGUCAACGGAGCGAGCAAAUCGAUCGCUCUCCAGAAAGCGAUUGAGGGUGGGGUGAAUCACAUGUGGACACUGUCGUGUUUACAACUACACCCCUAUUCCAUGAUCGUUGCAGAUGAGGACGCAACAUUAGAGUUGCAGGUCAAGACUGUGAAGUACUUCAAGAGCAUUGAAAAGGUUGGCCUUGGAAAAGGUUUCGAGCAGAAGCUGCCUUUGAGACUUAGAACGACGUCACUUGUCAGCCCUCCUCAGACGCCCCGGACACCGUCUAACACAAAGCCGACAUUUGACGAGGAUCACUUGGUGGAGUUGACGCCAGACAGCAUGUCUUCUCGUAUUGCUUCAUGGCCUGUCAUCUAG